AUGGUCAAGUGUGAUCCCCGUCGCGGAAAGUACAUGGCAUGUUGCCUCCUCUAUCGCGGAGAUGUCGUCCCGAAGGAUGUAAAUGCAGCAAUCGCAGUGAUCAAGACGAAACGCAGUAUUCAGUUUGUCGACUGGUGCCCAACUGGCUUCAAGGUCGGCAUCAAUUACCAGCCGCCUACAGUAGUGCCAGGUGGAGACUUGGCCAAGGUGCAACGUGCGGUCUGCAUGUUGAGCAACACCACGGCGAUCGCCGAGGCUUGGGCUCGAUUAAAUCACAAGUUUGACCUUAUGUACGCGAAGCGUGCCUUCGUGCAUUGGUAUGUAGGCGAAGGCAUGGAAGAGGGUGAGUUUUCGGAGGCUCGUGAAGAUCUAGCAGCUUUGGAGAAAGACUAUGAAGAGGUUGGAAUAGAUACCGUGGAUCAGAAUGCUGAUAACUCUGAUAGCUCUAUAAAAGCAUUUAACUACACAUAUUUUUCCCCACUUUCUUACCUUUCUGUGCUAGCCGUACUCGGUUUUUAUGCAGUUUUCCCUCAAAUCGAUGCGCUAUAA